AUGGCGCCUUUCAAAGACGAGCAGAUCUUGAUCAUCGCGCCUGGCUCGCGAACAACUCUUGCCCAGCUCGGCCUCCCCGAAUCUCUGACCCCGGCACGUUUUCGAGUGCGCUCAUGCAUGUUCCCUGCCGAAAAGCCUGGCGAGUUUGAACCAAAUAAAGUCCGCCGGAAAGAAUCCCCUCCCACCCAAGCCGAUAGUGAUCCCGAGUACGAAGAGGAUGUCCUGUCCGAGCAGGGCGCCGUCUGGCCAAUUCAACAAGGUCGCAUUGUCGACUGGGACUGUUUCUUCGCCUUGAUCGACAAUGUCCACCGCAACAUCAACCCCCCCUUCCACACUGCGAUCCUACUCAUCGCCCAGCCGAUAUGGACUCCCAAGGAACACGAGAAGAUUGCUCAGUUCAUUUUUGAAAAACUAAAGCCCCCAGCCUUUGGCUUGAUGGACGCUGCCUCGGCCACAUUGUACGCCUAUGGUGUGCCCACAGCCACCGUUGUCGACGUGGGCUACGAAAAGGCCGACGUCACUGCCAUCUACGACUAUCUAAUCCACGAUACAGGCCGCGCCCUGAGCGUGCCUGAGUGCGGUGGAGAAGCCCUGACUGAGCGUCUCUUCCAACUCCUCUCCUCGAGGGGUUUCUCCAGAGAAGUUUGCGAUCAGCUGAAGAAGAGUCCCAUCUGCGAGAUCCUAGACGGCGACCUCCCAACCGAGAAUGCCGCUGCUGCCUCAGAUCAACCAUCCAACCCUGCUGCCGCUGCCAGUACUGGCGCAGAAGGCUCAGGCCCCGACCAGCGAACGACUACCGCUGCUCUUGGUGAAACUCCUCUAGGACCAGGCCCCGGCACUCAAGUUGGCAGCGAACAGAAAGAUGGUGAGGACAACGAGGGUGUGCUCGAUAUAGCCAGCAUCGUCACAGGCGGAAACAUGAGUGAAUUCCUGGAACGCAAAGAGAAAGAAAAGGCUGAAAGGCUAGCCGCAAAAAAGAAGGGCACCGAAGCUGGUCCGGUUGGCGCAAAGCCCGCAAGACUUCCCAACUCGAAGAGGGUUAAGAACACCUUCAUAUAUGAGGAUCACAACUUGCGCAAUGCCAUGAAACAACAAAACUAUAGCGACCAGCAGAUUGCAGAUAUGCAAGCCGCUGUCGAUGUUGGCCCUGCAAAGAAGAAUGACGCAGAUGCUGGUGAUGCAGACCGACCCAUGACUGACGGUACUCAGGACGAACAGCAUCUACAUGGCGGAGCUAUCCGUCGAGAAGCUGAGGUCGGUAUCGAGCGGUUCCAAGCUGCUAGUGGUGGUAUGCUGGACAGGCUGGUCGAUGUCAUCUAUCGCACUGUUUCUUCUGUGGAGGAGGUGGGCAAGAGAAGCGAGCUGUGGGAUUCACUGAUCAUCGUCGGCAAUGGAUCAAAGGUUCGUGGCUUUAAGGAAGCUCUCUUGAGCACGCUGCAGACAAAGUACCUGAUCUCACCAUCAUCGGCCACUAUCUUCACAUCAGAGCUCCCGUCUAACCUCUCAACGCCAAUGGCAACCGGUGCCAACACGCCCCAGCCAUCAAUACCCCCACACUUGAGCUCUGGUGUCAACCCUCUCCUCUACGCUGCAACUACGGCACAGAACCCGCAGCUGAACCCUUUGAACGGUGGAAUGCCGGGCGGACACAUGCCUCACAGCUUGCACACCUCGCAUGCGCAAUCGCCUACAAGCUUGAAACUCGCCAAGAUGCCAGAAUACUUCCCGGAGUGGAAGGACGCGGGUUAUGAAGAAGCAGUAUUCCUCGGAGCUCAGGUGGCUGCAAAAGUGCUCUUCAUGGUAGAUCAAGGGUUGAGCAAGGGAUAUAUGACGAGGACAGAUUACAAUGAACAAGGACCUCAGGGAAUUCACGAUUGCAGCAUGUAA